AUCAUCUCUAAUUCUUCACUCAUCAAGAUGCACACCGGCAAGCUGACUCCGCCUGCUGGAAUGACAGCCACGAGUCUGCUCUACCCCGCAGCCCUCUGCGCGUUCAUGGUUCACCAUGGUCUUUCAAAAAAGUCGCUCGCGCCUUCAGGUGCACUCGCCGCCACCUUUGUAGGCCUGGGCACCUUUACCAACAGCCCUUACGUCUUUGGGUCAGUGCUGCUCACAUUUUACUUAUCUUCAAGUCGCUUGACAAAGUUCAAGUCGCAAAUCAAAAAGACCCUCGAGGAGGAUCAUGUGGAGGGAGGUGGCAGAACUGCCAUUCAAGUGUUUUCGAACGGCGCUGUUGGAGCAGCAUUGGCGCUUACCUUUCAAUACAUUUAUUGGACUACGGAAUCUCGGCCUGCUACACUUUUCAUGAGCGAUUGGAGGGCCAGCACUGUGCUCUUUGCCUAUAUUGGACAUUAUGCCUGCUGCAACGGGGAUACAUGGGCGAGUGAGCUGGGAAUUCUCAACAAGUCCUGGCCCACUCUGAUCACCACGCUGAAGAAGGUGCCUCCAGGUACCAACGGUGGUGUCUCACCCUUGGGUCUGGGAGCAUCGUUUGCUGGAGGUCUCUUGAUCGGCGUAACGGCUGCUAUCAGCGUGCUGGCUCAGCUGGCACUGGAGGCCCCGGUCACAUGGCAAUCGAGCAAGGGCUGGACUGGACUGGACGUACUUGUUUCGUCUCUGGAUGCCAAGUUCUUUCUCGCUUUGAUUCUUGCUGGUUCAGGAGCUGGAUUCUUUGGAUCAUUGCUGGACUCGUUGCUGGGCGCCACUGUGCAAAAGUCCAACUACUCGACAAAGAAGAAGGUGAUCACCUAUAAGGCACCGGAGAAGGACGACGAGAUCAAAGCGAUCUCUGGACUGGACAUUCUGGAUAACCACCAAGUUAACUUUUUCUCUUCGCUUAUUAUUGCCCUGACUACGGGAUACCUUUCAUGGAAAGCAUUUUGGUGAAGACUGCCUGCGUGGUAAUAAAGCCGAUAACACUUUUAAGAAUGCCU